UAUUGAUUACUUCGUGAGAAUGCUAUUCAAUUUGUUCAGGAAAAUGUGAAGACUAAACAUCCCCAGUUGCUGUACGAGUCGAAGCUGUACAAAUUACUUCAAGGAGGAACUGGAAUUCCAAAUGUUCGAUGGUUUGGUGUUGAAGGAGACUACAAUGUCCUUGUGAUGGAUUUGUUGGGACCAAGUCUUGAGGACUUGUUUAACUUCUGUAGUCGUAAGCUGUCUCUGAAGACUGUUCUCAUGCUUGCGGAUCAGAUGAUAAAUCGGGUUGAGUUUAUCCACUCUAAGUCAUUCCUCCAUCGAGAUAUCAAGCCUGACAAUUUUCUCAUGGGUUUGGGGAGGCGUGCAAAUCAGGUGUAUGCCAUAGAUUUCGGACUUGCCAAGAAAUAUAGAGACUCCUCAACACAUCAGCAUAUCCCAUAUAGAGAAAACAAGAAUUUGACCGGGACAGCCAGAUAUGCUAGCAUGAAUACGCAUCUUGGCAUUGAACAAAGUCGAAGGGAUGAUCUGGAAUCACUUGGAUAUGUUCUCAUGUAUUUCUUAAGAGGAAGCCUUCCCUGGCAAGGACUGAAGGCUGGUAACAAGAAACAGAAAUAUGAGAAAAUUAGCGAGAAAAAAGUUUCAACGUCAAUAGAGGCUUUAUGUCGUAGUUAUCCCUCUGAGUUCGCCUCUUACUUUCACUACUGUCGAUCACUUAGAUUCGAUGAUAAACCGGAUUAUGCCUACUUGAAGAGAAUAUUCCGUGACCUUUUUAUUCGCGAAGGUUUUCAAUUCGACUACGUAUUCGAUUGGACUAUCCUGAAAUAUCAACAAUCGCAACUUGCCAAUCCUCCUUCUCGUGCCCUUGGUACUGCUGCUGGAACUAGUUCGGGAAUGCCACAUGCCAAUAAUACCGAUAAACAAUCAGGUGGUGAUGAUGGCAAAGGCUUGGGUUGGUCUGCAAGUGCAAACCGUGGAAGAAACUUCUUGAAUUCAGGCAAUUUGUCCAGACAGAAAGGCCCAGCUGUCAAUGAUGCUUCUGUGUCUAAAGAACUGUCAAGUUCUAACAUUUUCCGGCAAAUUGGGUCAUCGAGGAGGCCAGCUAUCAGUCGAGAUGCCGAACUUCCCUCGAGUGAUGUUGACCCUUCUCGAGCUCGUGCAACUGAAUCACUCCGAAGAAACCCUAGCGCUGCACAAAGAAGUUCGCCAGUUGUAUCAUCGGAUCAUAAACGUUCAGCCUCAACUAGAAACCUCCCAAAUGUAAGAAAUUUCGACUCGACCUUAAAGGGUAUGGAGAAUCUAAACUUUGGCAAUAAUGAUGAAAGGAUGCACAAUUAGUAUCUUUUGCCUACUUCUGUAAAUAUUGGUAAGCUAAGCUGCUCAAGGAAAACAAAACCAGAAUCACUUAACGUGCAGGGCGCGUAAUUAGGUGAGGGAUUUAUUGAAAAUUUGAUAUGGUGAAGGUGAGAUUUUAUUUAAUUGUAUGAGCCGUUUUACGUUGACUUGGAGUGUAGUAUUACUUGUACGGCUUGAGAUUAAUGGUCUACUAUUUACAUACUGCACAUUCCUUUGAUAUGCCAAUACAUUGAAUUGUUGCAAUAAAAAGUUAAUCUGGGUGCUUACAUAUU